CGCUGCCUUAGCCCCGCCUCGCCGGGCCGCCAUCUUGGCUGGGAGCCGCGGUCGCGCCGCACUGGGUGGCGAGGGGGUCGCGGCCCUGCUCUGCCCUUGUGGCCGUCCCUUCCUUCCUCCUUCCUUCUCUCCUCUGUUCCUCCCUUCUUCCCCCGCUCCCUUGGCCGCCGGCUGCAGGCAGGCGGGGCGUCCCGGCACCGGAGGGGCCUGCUCUAGCACCGAGAGAUGAGCAACAACAGUAAUAAGAGAGCACCAACAACAGCAACACAGAGACUUAAACAAGACUACCUUCGAAUUAAGAAGGAUCCUGUGCCUUACAUCUGUGCAGAACCCCUCCCAUCUAAUAUCCUUGAAUGGCACUAUGUUGUACGAGGACCUGAGAUGACUCCCUAUGAAGGUGGCUAUUAUCAUGGGAAACUAAUAUUCCCCAGAGAAUUUCCUUUUAAACCUCCUAGUAUUUAUAUGAUUACACCUAAUGGAAGGUUUAAGUGUAAUACAAGGUUGUGUCUUUCAAUCACUGAUUUCCACCCGGAUACAUGGAAUCCAGCUUGGUCAGUCUCAACAAUCUUGACGGGCCUUCUUAGCUUUAUGGUGGAAAAGGGCCCCACACUGGGCAGCAUAGAGACAUCAGAGUUCACGAAAAGACAGCUUGCCGCACAGAGCUUAGCGUUUAAUUUAAAAGAUAAAGUCUUCUGUGAGCUCUUCCCUGAAGUGGUGGAGGAGAUUAAACAAAAACAGAAAGCACAAGAAGAACUCAGUAACAGACCUCCAUCCCUCCCUUUACCAGAUGUUGUUCCUGAUGGGGAAGCACACUACGGGCAGAAUGGAAUACCCCUCCUGAAUGGGCAUGUACCGUUGGCACCUGCCAAUCAUCCAGGUCUCCAACAGGCCAACCGUAACCAUGGACUUUUAGGUGGAGCUUUGGCGAACUUGUUUGUUAUAGUUGGUUUUGCAGCCUUUGCCUACACAGUCAAGUAUGUACUGAGAAGCAUAGCCCAAGAAUGAGGAUAGUAAAAGAAAUCCAAGACCAAAUUAGUGGUAGUUGCAGAAUGAGUGGGACUCUUUGGGCAUCUGACUCUGAGACUGGGGGAAAUACUUGUUUUAUCAAGUUGCAGGUAAAACAUUGGUUGGCUCAUGGGUUAUGUUUGGGAAAUGGAGUAGUUUUGAUUAGUCAGAAAACUAAAAGAAGUUCUGUUCACAGUUCCUCUUGUCCUUGCUACUGUCUGGUAGUGGCUCACACACAAGUCAAAGCAUUAUUGAUGAGACAUGACCAUUUCUAGUGCUUUGAUUUUUAUAGCAGUUCUCCAUCUGUUGUUUGAAAAUCUGAAGCAAAUGAGGCUUUUUACUUUAUGGAACAGUUUUUAAGACGUCACAAUUUAUGCAUAUCACAUUUUACUUUCCUUAGGGGAGAGUCUGUACAGGGGUUGAAAUGAUUCAAGUAGAGAUUCCAUGCAGACUUGGUAAGGGUUGGGUUCAUGUGGACAUUGAUGCUACAAAAGAUUGCUGGUUUCUUUUAUAAGAUAGAAUGACCAUCAUUUCAUAUCUAGUCAGUAGUGAUUACGUGAGUGGGACAGUAACACCAUGUGUGUUAAAUGUGUUGUCUAAACUGUCACAAUGUCAUUGAAGGCUUUAUUUGGGCUACAAGAAGCGCAGUUGUCAACCUUUAGGCAAUUGAAUUGGUCUUUCAUGGGGAUACCCAUAUCCAGUGUUGUUUUGGGUUUGUUCAUUGACAGAUUUCCAUCUGGGAGAUGUUAAAUUUGAAGCUGUAAUACUUAGUUUUGAUCACAAGGUGCCAGUGGUGGAAUGAAUAAUAAAACUGCACACACCAA